GAUGGUGACACGACUUCUACUGUGUGCUGUGCUCUGUACUUGACCUAUCGCCGUCCUUUUGAGUACCAGUCCGAACCCUUUAUCCAGAGAAUCCAUUCAAUCUGUAGACCUGUUGGCGUUGUGGAAUUUGGUUUUGACAGUUAAUUUCUGUACGCUGUGCUAUUAUGCAGUACACCACAGUACUAAACAUGUAAUAAUAAUGUGUACCCAAAUAUCUCCUCGCUAUACUGUAUAUCCAUCACUGCAUUAGUACAAGUAACUUUCACCAAAUGCCCACCUAAUCCAGUGUCUGUUACUUUCACAAUUGGCAAUUAGGGUUCGGCCUACCUCACAGAUUUCCCCGUGCACCCGGUACGGCUAUGCACGCUCGGUCGCCAUGGUAACACAUUUUGCGCCCUGGAAGAAAAAAAAAAAAGUGACAUAUGUAUGGGGUUUGUUCUUGAGCUGUCUUGUUUCCAGCGAAAGGAGAUGUUCCGACAGAUGCCCCUGAACUGCACUUCGGAGAACCUGACCAGUUCCUUGUUCAAGUCCAAACUGAGUGCCGCUGCUGACAUUUCCGUGGGACUUGCCAUCCUCUCCGUGGUGUUGCUGUCGGUAACCGGCAACGGCAUGGUUCUGGUGAUCUGCUACCGCCGCCGCAAGAAGAUGGUGGGCUCCGAGCUGCUGUGCGUCAAUCUGGCUGUGGUGGACUUUCUGUGCUGCAUCUGCUUCUACCCGCUCUCCAUCCUGUCGUCCUUCCACCACACGUGGCUGGGGGAAAACGUGACUUGCAUCUACUACGGCUUGGGCUGCUACAUCUUUGGCCUGUGCGGCAUGUUCACCAUCGCCGCCAUCAGCAUCAUCCGCUGCCUCAAGACGUGCUACAGCUUGGUUUAUGCCGUGUGGCUGGAAAGCGCCAACUUCAGGUUGGUGUGCUGCGUGAUCUGGCUGGUGGCUGCAGUGUGGUCCAGCUUCCCCCUCUUCGGCUGGGGCGAGUACGUCCCCGAGCCCUACGGGCUGUCCUGCACCGUGGCCUGGCGGGGCUACCACACCUCGGCCAAGGACGCCGUCUACGUCAUCUGCUCCUUCGUGUGCUUUACGCUGCUUCCCGUCCUGCUCAUCGUCACGUCCCACUGCCAGAUCCUCUACAAGGUGUCCCGCUUCUCCUAUUCGCUGUCGGCACGAGGCAUCCAUAACAACUUGCGCCAUGCUGAAAAACGAUUGUCUAUGAUGUUUUUCUGUAUAAGUCUGGGCUUUAUCAUCGCCUGGGCGCCGUACGCCGUCGUUUCCUUCCUUUUCAUAUUCCACAAGGAGAACCAGUACAUGGCCCCCGAGGGCUUCGUUUUCCCCGCCCUCUUUGCCAAAAGUUCCCACAUCUACAACCCGUUCAUCUACUUCUACUUCAACAAGACCUUCCAGAAGGAGCUCCAGUGCCUGCUGGUUUCCCUCUGUCCCAAAAUGGGAGGGAACCGGGUGGGCGUCCACGUCGCUGCCAGCCCCCCGGCCCCCGAGCCCAUCUAUAUUCAGCUUCAGGAGCGAGCCCCCAUCCGCGAGGCUUUUGUCUUAUCCAAGGAUCAGACGCGGAGCAAGAGUACGGGCAAAGGCACCGCAGGCAACGGCGGUGACCAUGUGCACGCAAGACUGCUGAACACCUGCUGGGGGUCCUCACCGAAGAACGCCCAAAUCAUCUUAAAAAAGCAACCGGCCAACAAUUCUCUGCCAGCCUCCGUGAGCUCUUUUUAGACAAGGCUGCGGCCGAGGUCGUUAUUAUCAUUAUUGUUACCCACCUGGAAUUGUAAAGAGCCAGGUGAUGAAUUCAGGAGGAAAGAUUCACAUUGUCGUCCUACGUUGACAUGUAUUCAGUACAUCCGUCAAUUUUCUUCGCCGCUUAUCCUCACAAAGGUCACAGGAGUGCCGGAGCCUAUCGCAGCUGUCAACGCACAGGAGGCGGGGUACACCCUGAACUGGUUGGCAGCCAAUCCCAGCCCACAAUCACAAUCACACCUUGGGGCAAUUUCCACCCAUCCAUCCAUUUUCUUCGCCGUUUAUCCUCACAAGGGUCACGGGGAGUGCUGGAGCCUAUCCCAGCUGUCAACUGGCAGGAGGCGGGGUGCACCCUGAACUGGUCGCCAGCCAAUCCCAGGGCACAUUGAGGCAAACAGCCACACUCACAAUCCCACCUACGGGCAAUUUAAGCAGCAAAGAAAAUGGAUGGAUGGUUGGAUGCAUUUAAAAAACAACAACAAUCAUUGCAUGCGUUUCUUCAGGUGGGGAGGGCACACACUUACAUGAAAUGAUUAAAAAUGUAUUCUCUAUGUCAGCUGUGGUCAUAAAUGUAUGUUUUUGUCAAAACGUGUGCCUUUAAGUAUUCGAGUAUGCAACAAUUGAGUGUUAAUCACCCGCACAGAUGUUAGACAUAUAUACUGUAUGUAAGUUCAUUAAAAA